CCAAAUUUCAAUUGGUUUAUGAACGCGAACAUGUUAAGUAUGUGCGUUAGGUAGAAUGUGAAUGCGCCAAUGCAUAAUAUACCAUCUCAUUUAUUCAGUAUUUCAUAUAUAUCAUUUGUUGAUGCUAUCACUUUUUGUGUAUUUUUAUGUGCUGUCGAUUUUCGACCAAACGUAGCGCAUAUUCUACACUAUCAAGAUUAAAAGAUUGACGGAAAAACGGAACUAGUAUCAACGCACCUCAUUCACGGACGGUCGGACGUUGUCAUUUGAAAACGGAAGCCAUCUUGUGGCCGAGCCUCACAUAUUAUACAGGGAAUAAUAGUUCAACGACUAUUUGUUCCGUAAAAUUGUACCGUAUUUUUUCCAUUACGUCUAGACUAUGCAUGAAUUAUUGUAUCACAUGUUUACAUAGCCAUGGCUGCGACGAGAAAGUUGCAAGGUGAAAUAGAUCGGUGCCUUAAAAAAGUAACAGAAGGUGUAGAAACAUUUGAAGAUAUUUGGCAAAAAGUUCAUAAUGCUACAAACAGCAAUCAGAAGGAGAAAUAUGAAGCAGAUCUCAAGAAGGAAAUCAAAAAACUCCAGAGGUUACGUGAUCAAAUUAAAACCUGGCUUGCAUCAGGUGAAAUUAAGGAUAAAAGCACACUUCUCGAAUAUAGGAAGUUAAUUGAAACUCAAAUGGAAAGGUUUAAGGUUGUGGAAAGAGAAACAAAAACAAAAGCUUAUUCAAAAGAAGGUUUAGGAGCAGCUCAAAAACUUGAUCCAGCUCAAAAAGAACGGGAAGAAGUUAGUAAUUGGCUUGCAAAUUCUAUAGAUGCUUUGAAUCUUCAGCUGGAUACAUUUGAAUCCGAGAUUGAAUCAUUACUCGCAGGAAAGAAAAAAAGGUUAGAUAAAGAUAAACAAGAUAGGAUGGAUGAAUUAAAAGCAAAACUCGAUAAACAUCGUUAUCAUAUCCGUAAAUUGGAAACAUUGUUACGUAUGUUGGAUAAUAUGUCUGUUGAAGUUAACACUAUUAAGAGGAUAAAAGAUGAUGUAGAGUAUUAUAUCGAAUCCUCACAGGAACCUGACUUUGAAGAAAAUGAAUAUAUUUAUGAUGAUAUUAUUGGUCUCGAUGAAGUUGAACUGUCUGGAGUUGGUAUUCCCUCGUCAGCAACUACAGAUAGUAAUAAUAGCAAUGAGACUGGAGGUACACCAACCUCAACUAAUUCUGGUACUUCACCUAUACCAUCACCUCCAUUAAGUUCUACCAUGCACAAUCAUUCAAGUGAUAGUUCUACAGAUAAUGAUAAAAAAACAAAGCCUGUGAAACCAACAGCAGUCAGGCCAUUAUUAAAUUCACAGGCGAGCAUUCCAACCACGGGAAGCACUGCCACCAUAAAAUCGAAUUUAUUAUCAAGCAGCACUCCAAGCAAAACCAUUCCCAUGACACCUAGCCAUAGCUCGCCUAGUUCUACAAGUAAUCACAUUGCUACAACUAAUGCCGGCAAUUUUGCUACAGUAGCUGCUUCACAUACUAAUUCUCAAGCCAUCCAUUCUACCUCUAGUAAAACAUCUUCUCAUAGUAGUGAAAAUGGUUUAUUGUCAUCAUCGUCCACGUCUAGCGUUACCUCGAAUGUGCCACAAACGAUCUCGCAGCAGCACAAUAAUCCAGCGCCUAUACAGACGACACAUGUGUUGCAUAAUCAACAAAAUCAGAAUCACAGUAGUGAAACGGAAAUGACAACGCCGAUUCCACCAUCUUCUUCGCCUCAGUCAUCAGUUAGCAGUAGAUCUUCACCUUUGCCCGCAAAUUCCUGCUCGCCAGCGCCAUCCACUGCCAAUGGUCUCAUCCCUAAGCUUCCUGAUGGCAUGUCCUCUUUGAAAUCUAUAGCCCAACAAGUAAUUGUCCGAGCAGGUCUGGAAAUACCGCCGUCCGAGUCGAACAGAAACAUCUUUGACAGUGCUAAGGCGAACAAUAAUAACAACAAUGCUACUUCGGAAGCACACAUUCCUCCUCUACUCGGUGUUGCGCCACUCGGACCAGUACCUCUACAGAAAGAACAUCAGUUGCAGUUCCAGAUGAUGGAGGCUGCUUACUACCAUAUGCCUCACCCAUCUGAUUCUGAACGUUUAAGAUCAUAUUUACCAAGAAAUUUAUGUCCUACACCUCCUUAUUAUCAACAGGUCCAACUUCCUCAUUCUGAUACUGUGGAAUUCUUUCAACGUCUUUCUACUGAAACAUUAUUCUUCAUAUUUUAUUAUAUGGAAGGUUCUAAAGGCCAAUACCUGGCUGCAAAAGCUCUAAAGAAACAAAGUUGGAGGUUUCAUACAAAAUAUAUGAUGUGGUUUCAAAGGCAUGAAGAACCAAAAGUGAUUAACGAGGAAUAUGAACAGGGAACCUACAUUUAUUUUGAUUAUGAAAAGUGGGGACAAAGGAAAAAGGAAGGUUUUACAUUUGAGUACAAGUACUUAGAGGACAGAGAUCUGAAUUAACAGUUUUGUUGUUUGUGGAGUCUCCGAAUGCACUAUUUCUGUACCGGUAUUAUCAAAAAUCGAAAAGACAGAUUUUAUUUUUUACAAUUCUAUAUUUUCACAAAAUAUAAUUUUAUUUAUUGGUAAAGAGUAUCUCAGAAAAAAGUAUAUGAAACAAAAAUGAAAGAAAAGCUCGUGCAUAGCAAGCAAUGAAGAUACUUCAUUAUAUUUUGACAUUGCGAUAUUCCUUUUCGAGAAAUAGAAAAGCAAAACACGAAUCACGCAAUUGAAAGAAACAAAAAUGCAACUAAUGGAGUAAGUUAAUCGGGGACAGUAAAUUGUAACCAUAAAAAAUAAUGAAUGAAAAGCACCAGAGACACACUUUUAAUAUUUUAGUGUGUGGUGUGUGAUACAAGAGGAAGAAGUUAUACUCGCUGGCGACUGACUCUGUAAUACCAGUACAAACAUGCGUGCGGCCCAUCUGCCGUUUAGCGGUAAGGUGGAGGGCGCUCAUGCUAUGGUAUGUCUUAAUGUUAGAUUAUAAGUAGCCUUUUUGUAUAAAGUAUAUUGAGGUAUAAAACCCUUAAAUUGAAUUACUGUACAGAAUGUGUAGAAAUAGUGAAUAAUAAUAUUAUGGAAUAUAUUUUAUUUCUCAUUUAAAUGAAACUUAAGUUGUUUCAGUUUUUGGCAUCUGACACAUCUCUGACACCUUGCAUUCAGAACAUUCCAUCCAUUAGAUUUCUGCCCUCGACCAGGUUACUUAUAGAUACGUUCUAACAGUUUAAACACGAAUCUUGAACUCGUCGUCGAAGUCAAAAUAGCUAUUUGAUGAUUGAUUUAGCUAUUUCUUUAAUGAAUAUCCUGCUAAUUCAGGAAAUUUUGAUUUAAUUCUUUUUUAGCAAUUUUUACGUGCAACGUAUGUUUAUCGAAUGAUGAUUCGUGAUAAUUAUUGUGCAUAUGUAUUUAUAAAAUAAUAAAAUAGAGAGAGAGAACGAGAGCGAAUGAGAAAUAAAGCCAUAUUGUACGAAUUUAUUUAUUAUAAAUUGUCGAUACUAUGUCAUGUGCGAUAAAGCAUCUGUGAUUUAAAAAAAAAAAAAAA